UCCCAACUCAACCCUCGGAAAACCUUCUUCUGCCCUUCCUCCAAUUUCCCCUUCUCGCCUCCCUUCUCUUGCCCUUUUCUUUUCCGAUUUGCCCCUUUUCUCCACCACCUCGAAACCAAUUUACCCGCCCUUUUCAAAUUCUGCUCUUUCUUCCUUCUUCCGAUCCCUUUCUCAUAUAUGAAUUCUGGGUCGGUUUUGGAUUUCACCUUUUUGUUCCUUUUUGGCAAUCGGAGUUGGAUAUUUGUUCAUCUUUUUAGCAUCUUCUGCUAGUUAAACGGUAGAAUUUCGAAGUUCUAGCUGGAUCGAGCUAUCUUCAGGAGUCGAUCUUGGUUUCAAAAGCUAGGGUUUUUCUCUCCAUAUGCAGUAGUAGAAGUGUAGAACAGCAAACAGUGAGCAGAUGCUUGGGCAAAACCACAAUUUGGGUCUUGAGCAGAACCAUCAGAUGUCAGUGGGAGGACUUGGUCAUAGUCUAGGUAUGAGUCAGAACCAUGGUUUGGAGUUGGGGCAGGCUCAUGAGCAUGAGCUUAGAUCAGAGCAUGACCCUGGGAGUGAAAGUUUAGAACAGAGCCAUGAGGGGCAUGACGAACAUGCUUAUGAUGAUGAGCAUGAUAAACAUGGUUAUGAUGAGGAUCAUGAUAAACAUGCUUAUGAUGAGGAUCAUGAUAAACAUGCUUAUGAUGAGGAUCAUGAUAAACAUGCUUAUGAUGAGGAUGAGACAGGUGGGCUUACAAUGGAGCAGAAACCGGGGUCUAAAGGACAUGAACUGGCUCUUGCUGGCGAGAACAAUGGGUUAGAUAUAUCUGAACACAAUGAGCUGGCUAUUGCAGAUCACCAAGAGCAUGAUGAAAAUAUGGAUCUAGCGGUCGUUGAGAACCAUGAUAUGGGAAUUGAAUCUGCAGAUGACAUGAUUCAGAAUGGCCAGAUGAUACUUUCUUCCAAUCAUGUCCUCCAGGCUCGUAUGGUGCCUGCCACGCCUGAUUUCGAGCUUCAUGUAGGGCAAGAGUUUCCUGAUGUUAAGAGCUGCCGUAGGGCCUUGCGUGAUACAGCUAUUGCUCUUCACUUCGAAAUGCAGACCAUAAAAUCUGACAAAACUCGUUUCACAGCUAAAUGUGCUACUGAAGGUUGCCCUUGGCGUAUUCAUGCUGCAAAACUUCCUGGUGUGCCCACCUUCACAAUCAGAACCAUCAAUGAUAACCAUACAUGCGGAGGAAUAUUCCAUCUUGGCCAUCAGCAAGCUUCUGUUCAGUGGGUUGCUAGCUCUGUCGAACAACGCCUUCGGGAGAACCCUAACUACAAGCCAAAGGAGAUCCUCGAAGAAAUUCACCGUGUCCAUGGUAUCACUCUAUCGUACAAGCAAGCUUGGCGCGGAAAAGAACGGAUUAUGGCUGCAAUGCGUGGCUCCUUUGAAGAAGGAUAUCGCCUUCUUCCACAAUACUGUGAACAGGUGAAACGUACAAAUCCUGGAAGCAUUGCCUCAGUCUACGGAAAUCCUGCUGACGGUAGCUUUCAGAGACUGUUUAUAUCUUUUCAGGCAUCAAUCUAUGGUUUUCUGAAUGCCUGUCGCCCUGUCCUCGGCCUUGACCGGACAUUCUUAAAGAGUAAAUACCUUGGCACUCUGCUAUUGGCUACUGGUUUUGAUGGGGAUGGAGGACUGUUCCCUUUAGGCUUUGGUGUUGUUGAUGAAGAAAAUGAUGAUAAUUGGAUGUGGUUCCUUUCUGAACUUCAUGCUCUGCUUGAGAUCAACACAGAAAACAUGCCAAGGCUCACGAUUCUCUCAGAUAGGCAGAAGAGCAUUGUAGAUGGUGUGGAGGCUAACUUCCCUACUGCAUUCCAUGGUUUCUGCAUGCGUCACUUGAGUGAAAGCUUCCGUAAAGAGUUUAACAAUACAAUGCUUGUUAAUUUACUAUGGGAAGCAGCUCAUGCACUCACAGUGAUUGAUUUUGAGGCAAAAGUUCUGGAGAUUGAAGAGAUAUCUCAAGAUGCUGCAUAUUGGAUCCGGCGUAUCCCACCACGUCUAUGGGCGACAGCUUAUUUCGAGGGAACAAGAUUUGGGCAUCUGACUGCUAACAUAGUGGAGCAGCUUAAUACCUGGAUACUUGAGGCGUCUGGGCUUCCAAUAAUCCAGAUGAUGGAAUGCAUAAGAAGACAACUUAUGACCUGGUUUAAUGAGCGCCGUGAAAUUAGUAUGCAGUGGACAUCUAUUCUAGUGCCUACAGCAGAGAGGCGUGUUGCUGAAGCUCUGGAACGUGCCCGGACCUACCAGGUUCUGCGAGCCAAUGAAGCAGAGUUUGAAGUUAUAUCUCAUGAAGGAACCAAUAUUGUUGAUAUUCGGAACCGCUGCUGCCUUUGUAGGGGAUGGCAGCUUUAUGGCUUACCCUGUGCACAUGCUGUUGCAGCUCUGCUUUCUUGCCGGCAGAAUGUACAUCGGUUUACAGAGAGCUGCUUCACGGUAGCAACAUAUCGCAAGACGUAUUCUCAAACCAUACAUCCCAUUCCAGACAAGUCAUUAUGGAGGGAGACUUCGAUGCUAAUAACUGAAGAGGAUGUUGAUGCUGUUAAAGUCAAUGAGGUUGUAAUUAAUCCUCCCAAGUCACUUCGUCCUCCUGGCCGUCCUAGGAAAAAAAGAGUUAGAGCAGAAGACCGUGGUCGUAUGAAGCGAAUUGUGCAUUGCAGCCGCUGCAAUCAGACUGGCCACUUUAGAACAACAUGUGCAGCACCAAUUUGACUCCUAAUUAUGGUGUGCAGCAUUUACUGUGAAAUCAACUGGGAAAAUCCUUUCCAUAUGCGAAGACUUCUCUUGUAUAUCUCGGUUAAUUUUUACUGGUUAGGUUUGCUGUUAUUACCGCAUUUGCUGUUUUUAAACUAGGAGAGCAAACUUGUUCAUCAGUCAAAGAAGGUCUACAUUUAAACGUAAUAAUAGAAUGUAAAAAAAUAUACAGUGACAAUUUAUGGCUUAUCACUCCUUUCAAAGUUUCUUUCCAGUUUAUACAAAAUAGAGCGAUUUUUGAA